AUGGCUGAUGAUCGAAUCUUACAUUACCUGCCGCCAGGAUGGACGGAGGAGAUGUAUCAGAACCAGACUGACGCCGCCCUUGAAGCCCUUUCCGAACAGGAACUACAAAAUCUGAUGGAGCGCCAGGCAGCCGAAGCCAAGCUCAUCAGUGCGCAAAACAUGGCCCGCAUAAAUGAGGGGCGCAUCGCGCGCGGGGCUCCCCCAAUGCAAAUCCCAUCACCGGCAGCCGAUGACGCCGCACCGGUCGGGACAGGGGAAGCUGAAGCAGACCAGACAAAUUCGACAACUCUCGAAAACCUGAAAACGCUAGUCUCGCUGGUCGAGGAGGAAGACUGGCCUGAUUUCGGCUUUUUGGUGUUCCGCACGUAUUAUUCCGAUGAGCCGCUCUGGGAAAAGUUCCUGGUUCAGUACGACGCGUUCCUCGAUGAGGGGAUAAGUGCUGCCCCAGCAGAAUCCGGGAUUGAGCGGAUUCGCGACCGGAUUUUCCUCAAAUUUGUGUCGGAUGAAGCAAUGGCGGGGGAGCCGCCAGCAAGGGUGGCGUAUGCCUAUCGCCUGUCCGCGGAGGAGAUGGACGACGAUGCUGAGGAGGACAGGCUUGAGCCUGGUCUCCACACACGGAUGUGCCUCAUGGUCGACGAGGAUUGUAUGCGUUCCGUCGUGGAUGCCAAACCGGGUUCCCCUGCGCCGUUCAUGAAGGCGGUUGACGUCACCCUGGGAGAGCAGCGAUUGUCGUACUCCGGGACUUUCAAGGUGGCGAUCGCUUCGCUGAUCACCAAGUUCUACCCCGCGCUGCUUGACUGUCAGGACACCUCGGAUCUUGUGCCACCAACGGAGGAUGCAAUUUGGGGGGCGUGA